CUAAAAGAGGAGCUGAGUGAUAAUAUUUGCUCGAGGCGCUGGGCGUGGGCGCCGAUCGGGGGUUUUAGAGGAGAAAUGGCCACCGUCAUGGCGCCUUGCCAGAGACCAGGGCUUAGUUUCGUCUUGGCCGUCUCCUCGCGACUGUCAUUAGCCACCAGAGCUUUCCCGGUAAGGAGCUUCACUCGGUACUGUAAAUCCAGUUCCGCGUUUGCCUUGUCUUCGAAAUUCAAGGAACUUGGUUGCGUGCGCGGAAGCCGAUUGAAAUUGCCGCGUGCUUUUGCAGGGUCUAGCCAAUUCUCCACAGUGAGUGUUGGAGCUUCUCCUGUAGCUGAAGAGAUGGCUGUCAAGGAGGCUCCCAAGGAGAUUUUUUUGAAGGAUUACAAGCCCACUGGCUAUCACUUUGACACGGUCGAGCUGAAAUUUGUUCUGUCUGAGAAAAAGACAACCGUGGUGUCUAAGAUCCGGGUUUUGCCGAGAAACUCAAGUGAAAGCCCGCCAUUGGUUUUGGAUGGUCGUGACGUGAAACUUCUCUUUGUUAAAAUCAACGGCGAAGAACGGAAGCUGGAAGAAGUUGAGCUGACCAGCCGUCAUCUGACGUUGAAGUCACUUCCUGUUCAGCCUUUUGAUUUAGAGAUUGGCUCUGAGAUACACCCGGAGACUAACUUGUCUCUCGAAGGGCUCUACAAGUCUUCCAGCGGCAUGUUUUGUACACAAUGCGAAGCUGAAGGUUUUAGAAAGAUAACCUUUUACCAGGAUCGGCCAGACGUUAUGGCAAAGUUUACUACCAGGAUAGAAGCGGACAAAGCACAGUGUCCCGUUCUUUUGUCGAAUGGCAACCUUAUAGACUCCGGCGACCUCGAGAAUGGAUUUCAUUAUGCUGUGUGGGAGGAUCCUUUCAAAAAGCCUUGCUACCUCUUUGCCUUGGUAGCGGGGCAACUCACGUCCAGAGACGAUACUUUUAAAACGCGUUCAGGAAGGGAUGUUCAACUGAGGAUUUGGACUCCUGCACAAGACGUCCCAAAGACAGAGCAUGCUAUGCAUGCUCUCAAGCUUUCAAUGAAGUGGGAUGAGGAUGUGUAUGGGUUGGAGUAUGAUCUUGACCUGUUUAACAUUGUCGCUGUUCCCGAUUUCGACAUGGGUGCUAUGGAGAACAAGAGCUUGAAUAUAUUCAACUCGAAACUUGUUCUGGCGUCUGCUGAAACUGCUACAGAUGUUGACUACGCGACAAUUUUGGGUGUGAUCGGUCAUGAGUACUUCCACAAUUGGACUGGGAAUAGGGUGACAUGCCGUGAUUGGUUUCAAUUGAGUCUGAAGGAGGGUCUUACAGUUUUCAGGGAUCAGGAGUUUUCUUCUGACAUGGGCUCUCGACCUGUCAAACGUAUCGGUGAUGUCGCUCUUCUCAGAACAGCACAAUUCUCAGAGGACGCUGGUCCCAUGGCGCACCCUGUCCGUCCGCAUUCUUACAUAAAGAUGGACAACUUCUAUACGGUGACGGUGUAUAAAAAGGGUGCGGAAGUGGUUCGCAUGUACCAAACAUUGCUUGGGAAAGAUGGGUUUCGGAAGGGCAUGGACUUGUACUUUGAACGUCACGACGGACAAGCUGUAACUUGCGAGGAUUUCUUUGCUGCUAUGCGAGACGCUAAUUCCGCCAAUCUUUCAGUUUUCUUGAGAUGGUAUUCUCAAGCUGGAACACCCAUUCUUACUGUUUCGACAGCGUAUGAUGCUGCAGCUCGUAGCUAUACUGUAAAGUGCAAGCAAGAAAUUCCUUCUACACCUGGGCAACCUGUGAAGGAGCCGACGUUAAUACCAUUGGCUGUGGGUCUGCUAAAUUCAAAAGGCGAAGAUAUGGUGUUGACCGAGUUGUUUGAUGGAGGAUCACUCAAGUCAUUGAAAGACACAGCGGGGGGACCUGCAAAGACAGCAGUACUUCUUGUUGAUAAGGAAGAGCAAGAGUUCACUUUUCUCAAUUUGCCUGAGAAACCUGUGCCAUCUUUCCUAAGAAACUUUAGUGCUCCCGUGCGCCUUGUGACGCCGACUGUGACGGAUGACGAUUUGCUCUUUUUGCUCGCGCAUGACUCCGACGAGUUUAACAGAUGGGAGGCUGGACAGACGAUGGGAAGAAAACUUAUGCUGGAUCUUAUUCCGAAAGCACAAAGAAACGAACAGCUCGCGGUUCCAUCCGCAUUUGUGGAAGGCAUGCGCAGUAUUCUCAACGAUUCCUCGUUAGAUAAGGAAUUUGUGGCAAAGGCACUAACACUUCCUGGAGAAAGCGAACUGAUGGACUUGAUGGAGGUUGCAGAUCCAGAUGCAGUACAUACUGUCCGAAAAUUUGUGAUAAGAGAGCUUGCGUCGAAACUGAAGCAAGAUUUCCUGAAAACUGUGACUGAAAACCGAAGUUCUGAUCCGCACUACACAUUCGAUCACAAAAACAAAGCCAGGAGAUCCUUAAAAAACCUCGCUCUCGGCUACCUCUGCUCUCUGGACGAGGCGGACACUACUGAGCUUGCUUUGAAGGAAUACAAAAGCGCAACAAACAUGACAGAUCAAUUUGCAGCCCUCUCUUCACUUUGCCAGAAUCCUGGGGACGUGCGUGAUGAAGCUUUGGCAAACUUCUACGAGCAGUGGAAGGACGAAACUUUGGUUGUGAACGAAUGGCUGGUGUUACAAUCUAUGUCUGAUAUCCCUGGAAAUGUUAAGAACAUGAGGCGAUUGCUAGAUCAUCCGUCCUUCGAUAUGAAGAACCCAAACAAGGUGUAUUCUCUGAUCGGUCCUUUUCGUCGGACCGCUGUCAACUUUCACGCUAAAGAUGGCUCUGGCUAUGAGUUUCUGGCAGAGGUGACUUUGCAGUUGGACAAAAUGAAUCCUCAGGUGGCAUCGCGAAUGAUAUCGUCAUUGUCGAGGUGGAAACGCUUUGAUGAAGGCAGACAAUCGCUGGCUAAGGCUCAACUGGAACGCAUUGCUAAAACCGAUGGCCUGUCAGAGAAUGUGUUUGAGAUCGCCUCCAAGAGCCUGGCAGCGUAAGAAAGAUCAAGGAGUUCGCAAUCGUCGAGCAAGCAUUUGCCAUAAGAUUGUAUACAGCUUCACCACUCAGCUCCUCAAAAGCCAUCUCAAUUCUUCCACUUUCUACAAGCCGCUGGUGCCACGCCAACGGAGAAAUCACCACCGCUUCGUCUAGACAUCGUCCUCGCAAGCUUCACUCAUCUCGUCCGCCCGGCUCAAGAUAUCCGUCCUCCAUCCCGGGACGAACACAUACCGGCACUCCCGGCCUUUGAUCAACAAGACCACCACCACCAAGCGCGAUAUGCAGAAGAUUGUGGCGCGGACGAAGCAUCGGCGAGCUCGGCAUAUGAAGCUCCUGAAUAAGCGUAAUCUGUAUGAUCCGGUGGAGGAAGAGCUCGUCCGGCAGCCUCACAUCCUGGAUAGCUCGACUCCCAACGUGGCUGAGGAAGAUCGGCAAGAGAAAUCUUUGCUCGAUAAUGCGCUGGAUGAAGAAAUCUCCGACGAGGAUGCUGCGUCGGAUGAUGGCGAGGAUGGAGUUGAGGAGUCGGAAGAGCCCGAGGCCGUCUCUUCUUUGCCAGGUGAUUUGAGAGAGGAGAACGAAGCUGACGAUGGAGUGGAAGAGUCAGAAGAGAGAGAUCGGCUCGAGGGCAUCUCUUCUUUGGGAGGAGAUUUGAAAGAGAACGUAGAAGCUGGGGCUGAGGCAGUCUCGAAAGAAGUUUCUGGCA